AGAGGCUGCGAGCCUGCCGGGCGGCGCUGGCCGCCGCAGGGAGGAAGAGGAGGCAGGGGAGGAUGCGAUGCUGCGGCUGAGCCCCGCCGGAGGAGGAGGAGGAGGAGGAGGAGGACAGCAUCCUCCGAGGGGAAGGAGGGAAGAGGGCAGGAGGCGGCUGAGCUCGCCCGGAGCCUGCUGAGCCCUCCGGGGGGCUCUGCUGGCACCCGAGGAAAGUUUCCCGAAGAGAGGGAAGGCGGCAUGUGAGAGCCUCGGGCACCGCAGAGCCGGCGCUGCAGGGGACACCCGGGGCACCCGCUCCCUCCGGCUCCAGCCCAGGGCUGGUGAAAGAAGCAGAAUUAGGGCUCCAGCUCACAUCAGCGUGCCAAGGUUCCCAGGCAGAAUAAAAGGACACUGCUGGAAAAACAUCCGUAUUGUUAGCCCGGCUAAUGGAGAAAAUGCCCUUUCUCUCCUGCACAUUGUCUGUUCUGAAAAAAUCUUUGCCUGCAGAAAGGCUUCCCUAGGCAGGCAUCCCCAGAUGAGGAAGAAUUGAAUCCUUCAGUGCGCCCGUGCCUGUCAGCUCCAGCUGAUGUCUCACUCAACAGAAACUUCACUGGAAGUUCACUGCUGCACUUCAUUCAGGUCUGAACAAAAGCCUGAGCAAAGGCAAUGAGAUGUGACACUGGAGAGAGCAGCAGAGAGAGCUUUGCCUCAGCUGGAGGUAUGGGAAAAUUUUAUACCCUGGGAAGCAUGUUGGAAACGGCCGGCUGAUCCCACUGGGAUUUCAAGGUAGCAGGAGACCAGCAGUAGCCUUCUCAGCACAGUGUGUGCCCUGCGAGGACUGAAGUGACCUCUGAGACUCGCCUCAACAUGUUCAGCGAAAAGAGCAGCGCCUCUUUGACCCAGAAACCCAUCCAGAAGAAGACACGACCUCAGGGCCUCCCCUCCCCUGCUCUCUGCUGCGCGUGUGGACUUUGCAUCAUGCUGGCAGGGAUCAACAUCACGUUAGUGGGAGCGUUUGCGUUUGGGACCUUCCUGCCCGUGAACAACCCCCCCAUCAUCAUUGGACCCAUCUUGCUGGUGGUGGCCUUCACCUUCUUUGGGGCCUGCUGCAUCUGCAGCCGGAGGCCACCAGCUCACGGGGCCAGAAAAUCCAAGCCGGGAUCCAACAUUGGUCUCAUCAAACCUGGCAACACAGCCUUUGAAAUUGAAACGAGCGAGCACACAGUGCAGGACACCACCGCUGUCCAGCUGAGCCCCACCAACUCCCCCAUCUCCUCGAAGAAGUCCACGCCGGUGCACGAGAGCACGAAGACUUGCAAGCUCUUCACCAUGGAGGGCAAUGGGCCCGUGGCCAAGUACACGACAGGAGGAGAGGCGAUACAGCUCAACUUGCCCAGGGACCUGGCCGCAUCCUAAACCCGGGCAGAGCUUUUACCAGCAGCCAGCCAGAUGCUGCAACGGGUGGGCUGGAGUCUGAGGCUGAGGUGCUUGUGGAAAGCCAGCAGGCAGGCUUCUCUGAAUCAAUUUAAGGAAGGGGGAUGCCACAGCCAGAAAACACCGGAUUUUUGCUGAAAGGAACGUGCCCGUUACUUGGCUUCACAAAGAAAAUUGCUAAUGAUAUUGCUGUGAAAGGAUGAACUGAAAAGUUCCUGGGAAAAGACCGGCUUUUUGGGGAGCAGAGUGGAAGAGUUCUCCUCCUGAAUUAAUUCGUCUAGCAGAAGGUGGAAAUGUGGUGGCUGAAGGAGGGGCUACACAGGGUGCUGACAAAUGACAGUGCAUAUUUUUUUUUCCAGAAGUGAAGCAAGUCUUGAAUGUAAUGGAAGCAGGAAUGCAGUAAAUUACAGCUUGCUGCCACUCAGUCACAAGAAGAUUUCAGCAUUUUAGAGCCGGGCUUUUUGGCAGUAGGGACAAAAUAUCUGUGUUUACUGUUUGAAAAAGCAAUGUGAAACAAUCUCCCCUCCUCUGAAAAUCCUUGCCCCAUUUCUCCUUCAGUUGGGUGACUUUACCAUCCGUGAUAAGAGACGAUGAAUCACAGGGAUUGCAAUUAGCACUGGCAUUUUCCUCUUGUUUUAAUCACGCUGGGCUGCAGUGGUGCUGCUGGGAGGUCAGCCAGGCCAAACCCUUGGGGACAGGCUCCUGGGGUAACUGGAGGCUGGGAGAGCCUGCAAAUGAAAUCUUUGGGCAAUGAUUAUAUCCUGAGUGCUGGGGGGAGGCAUCUUUCUUUCCAUCAUUUUAUGGAAGGCUGGACUGGGACACGUCAGCUUGGGGCAGGGGGCAAAUAGUUGUAUGGGUUUCAGUAUAGCUGUGCUGGAAGGUGCUGACUGUAUCUCCUUUCCUGACGUGCCUGCCUGACCCAUUGCACAGUGGGCAAUCAGUAUGGAACUCCUUGCUGCAGGAAACCAGCUGCUAAAGGCGCUCCUGGGAUUGCGAAGCAAUGGGAUGAGUUUGCAGAAGAGAAUUCCUAAAGAGCUGUUCAAGGCAAAGGCACCAGGAUAAAACACAGGUGUUGCUUGCCCAGAGUGCUCUCCCAGCCUCCAACCAAGGCGCUAUUGCUUGGGAGUUUCCUGAGCUGGAAGUGGUGCCUGUAUUUAGUAGCCCUGAAUUGAUUUUUUUUUUCUUCUUUUACUCCUUGAGUGUUUGUCAGCUUUUAUCGUUUGUGCUCCUGCAGCAUGGAGUUGUACAGCUUAAUGAGAGGCCAUAAAGGUCCCUGCCCUUGUUUUAUUUUCAGCCUGCACCCUACUAAUUCUCCUUGAUACCCCAAGCUCCCAAAUUAGACGGGCCAGCAAACAGCCCAUGCCUCCCCACACCACUCAGGUUUUCUGGGGCCUUUGUCAUGUUUCUUUCUGUCAUCUAUUUCCAGUGGUACUUCACAUCUCUUGUAGACAGAGGGAGGUAAUGCUUCCCACAUUGGCCAGCACCCCAUUCAGCCCAGCGUCAGCACCUUGCCAGGCUGAGGACAUCUCAGCCCCGAGGCUUUAACCAGCAGAUGGGUGUAAGGAGAGGUGGGAGGGAUGAAAGGGAGAUGGCUGAUGUGUUGGGUUAAGGGAUGGCACCUGGGCACAUGGAGGGGCUGGCCAGAAGAGCCAUGCAGCUGUACAGGCCAUGCACGGGGUGUCCUCAUUGCUCUGGGGAGCUGCUGGGGAGCUGAUGGCCCAUUCAUGAGCUCAGGGAGGAUGAGGUUGAAUUUCAUGCCUUGAUGAGAGGGAAGAAAAACUCUGGCUUGAAUGCUGCAACAGUUUGCUGCCUUGAACAACUGCUUCUACACCGGAGAAUGACUUGUGACACCAGUGUGAUUUUAGCAGGGCUGCUCUGCUGGCUGGAAGGGGCAGGAGCAGGCCCAGGAGAGGGACUUGUCUCUGGAAGAUGUGGGUUCAAGUCUAUGCUACAGCCUCCAGGUCCCGGGCAAAUGGUUUAAUCGUACUGCUGCUCAGCUGCCUGCCUGUGCAGGAGGGAAAAUAACUGCUCCCAGCUCCACAGAGCCGCUUUGAAGAUGAGCACAUUGCCAAGCAGCAGGGCUCGUAUCAGCACACCUGAAUCUGGAGGCUGCUUGAAGGUGGACGAGUCUGUGUGGUCUGAUCUCUGCGUGAUCCCCUUUAGAGCUCAUUUUCAUGGGCAAUCUGCGCUUCCAGCACCAGCUCCCCUUUGGCACGUGUGAACUGCUGUACUGAACAAAAGGCUCCUGUGAUUUUUGCCUGCUGGUGAUUGCUCUAGCAAUUAAACAGAACAGGUUGCUGGUCUGUGUUUGGCUCCCAGCUGCUGGCUCACCAGCCUUUUGGAAUAGCUCACAACACCCUGGAAGUCCUUUGGAGGCGUUGCCCGUGUGAAUACAGGUAUUGCUGCACUUUUCUUUGAGUGCUUGGAGGCAAAAAGUAGUAAAAUCGAGUGGUAACCAUACGAAUUAACCCUCUGCUUACUGAAGGCUUGAAAACUAAGUCUGGAGUACGUGUACUAGAAUGACUCCGUGUGACAACUGCACCACGAAACGCUACCAGUGAUGGGUCAUACAGUGACAAUAAAACACAAGGCUCCUUUGGCAGGAAUGGUGGCAGAUGCAGGACACUGAGGGCCACUGAAGACCUCAGAGCGAUUCUCCCUUGCACUGUGGCAUCAGACAGUCCUGGGACCUGGCACAUGCCGUGCUGCACACACACAGGCCUCCUUAAUUCUGGUGUUGCUCUGCGACCUGACACCCUUGGGACCCAGAAGACAAUGAGAGGCAAGGACAGCGCCCGGGUGAGCAGAGGUAUAGGACCAGCAGGAGGGCGAUGCCCUGGCGUGGUGGGUCGCUAUGCCGAGCUGUGACCCUGACCGGCGCAGGAACAUCUGCUGCCUUCCUCCUGAAGCAUAACUGCCCUGCUUUUUCCUUUUUCUGUCUUUCGGGAUUUCCAUGUCUCUCUGUCUGUCUGCCUCUGUGAUCGGCCGUGACUGAUGUUGUGAAUCUCGUGCCUUCUUCUUGUGUCUUGAAACGAGGAGAGUUUCUUGUGCUCCUAGUCAGAGUUUCUGGUGUGAGAGUCUUUUUUUUUUUUUUUUUUUCAAAUUACUAUUUAUAUGUGUGCAAUGUGGAAUUUAGAAAAGACAGACCCAUUAAAAGAAUUGCACUCAGCUA